AAGAAAAUUUCAAACGCGGCGUAAUAAAGCUACGAAGGCACAGCAGCAACGAAUAAACAUACAUACAUAAUUCUAUUGUGUUUGUGUGUUGUUUUUUUUCCUCGUCUGAUUAGCACGAACCUCAAGCUCGUGAAACCAAAUCAUCGCCCUAACCCACACAGUAUUGUUGUUUUCAACGCAAAUUAAGGAAUAAGUAACACAAAAAGAACAAAUAUGGCCGAGGCAAAUAAAAGAAAUAUUCCCAUCAAGUUGGGCGACUUCAGCGUCAUCGAUACGGAAUUUAGCAGCAUACGGGAACGCUUCGACUCCGAAAUGCGCAAAAUGGAGGAGGAGAUGGCCAAGUUCCGUCACGAGCUGAUGAAUCGGGAGGCCAAUUUCUUCGAGUCCACCAGCUCUACUAAAAAAACAACAACAACCAGCUCAACAACAAAUUCGGCCCUGCCGUCGCGACCAAAGCAAAACUAUGUGUCGGACAUCAGCUCUCCCUUGAUCCAGGACGAAGGUGACAACAAAGUGUUGAAAUUGCGUUUCGAUGUCAGUCAAUAUGCGCCCGAGGAAAUUGUUGUGAAAACUGUCGAUCAGAAACUAUUGGUGCAUGCCAAGCACGAGGAGAAGUCAGACACAAAGAGCGUCUAUAGGGAAUAUAAUCGCGAAUUCCUGCUACCCAAGGGUGUGAAUCCCGAAUCCAUACGCUCGUCCCUUAGCAAGGAUGGUGUCCUCACUGUGGACGCACCAUUGCCGGCGCUCACCGCUGGCGAAACUCUGAUUCCUAUCGCACACAAGUGAGGUGCUGUCCCUAGGCAGCCCAGUUCUGGAAUUCUGGAAUAACCGUAAUCCGCAAGCACGUCCCAAACGUGAUUUUAGCACCUACUAAACCAGCAGUAGCAGCAACAGCAACAACUACAACCACCACAACAACAAUAAUAAUUACCGCUAUGUUGGCAUCAACAACAACAGCUAAUCAUCGAGGCGGCUAACAAAAAUAUAUUUACAAGAAGAUACGCAUAGAAACCGCAAUAUUGACUUUACACUAUGAUUUAAAAAGUGAAAUCAUACUUCGAUUAUUUUUAUUUAUGAUUAUUUCGUUUUUUUUUUUUUACAAAUAUAUUUUUGAGUUAAAUUUAAUCUAAUUACUUACUACUCAUAAAUAACUUUAAAUUACUAUAUUUGUUAAAUUUAAUUCUUAUUUAUAAAAUGUAUUCACAAUUAAACCUAAUAAUUCAUGUCGUAA